CGAGACACAAGCUAUUGGAAAAAACGGAAAGAAAAAGAAAAGAUGGCGAAAAACAUUGAAGGGUUUGAAUUCGAGCAGAGUCACGGGAAAGAGAGAGUAAGAGUAGCUCGCGUUUGGAAGAGCAAAGACGGUCAACAACACUUCGUUGUUGAGUGGCGUGUCAGCAUCAACCUCCUUUCCGAUUGCGUCAACUCCUACAUUCGCGAUGAUAAUUCCGAUAUCGUCGCUACUGACACCAUGAAGAACACCGUGUAUGCAAAAGCAAAGGAAUGUUCGGAAAUACUUUCUGUGGAGGAUUUUGCCAUUCUACUUGCCAAACAUUUCACAUCAUUUUAUAAGCAGGUUACCACUGCAAUUGUAAAGAUUGUGGAGAAACCGUGGGAGCGGGUUAGUAUCAAUGGUCAACCUCAUCAACAUGGUUUCAAACUUGGAUCUGAGAAGCAUACAGCAGAGGCAGUAGUAAAAAAGUCUGGUGCACUGCAAUUGACUUCUGGUAUUGAAGGAUUGUCAGUGUUGAAAACAACCCAGUCUGGUUUUGAGGGCUUUAUAAGAGACAAGUAUACAGUACUUCCUGACACACGCGAAAGGAUGCUGGCAACAGAAAUAACUGCCUUGUGGAGGUAUCCAUAUGAAUCAGUAUAUAGCGUCCCUCAGAAGCCUCUUUAUUUUACUGACAAGUACCUGGCUGUGAAAAAAGUUCUGCUUGACACAUUUUUUGGACCUCCAAAAGAAGGAGUCUUUAGUCCAUCAGUUCAAAGCACUCUCUACCAGAUGGCAAACGCGACGAUAAACAGGUUUCCAGACAUAGUUUCUAUUCAACUAAAGAUGCCAAAUAUUCAUUUCAUACCAGUCAAUCUCUCAAACAAGGAUGGUCAGAUUGUAAAGUUUAAUGAUGAUGUGUAUUUACCAACGGACGAGCCACAUGGGUCAAUUGAAGCUAGCUUGUCCCGCAGUCGGUCAAGGAUGUAGAAACUACUAAACCAUCUCAGCUCGUCCCUUCUGGUCAAUUGGUGGUGCAGCUUAUGCUAUGGUGCUCGUCAUAACUUAAGAUAAUGUAAUAAGUGUACAUGGAAGCGGAGAUGUUGCUUUCAAAUAACAUGUGAUAUUAAUGUUAAUACUGGUUUAGUUUUCUUUGCACCAAUGAUCAAAACUGUUGGGUUAUGCAUAAUUUCGAUUUCAGAAAUUCCAACUAAGUCUAGUCUAAUAAGUUCCUUAUGUACAUAAGGGGAGUGAAAUAAUAGAGUUACAGUUUAUGAUA